CCUUCCAGCGCACAACCGAAGCUUGUAAGCAGAAGAAAUGGCGCUUCUGUUUAAUUCUUGUCCAAUUUUUUGUAAAACCACAUCAGUCGAUUAACACAACGAACAUACAUCGUUACACUUAAAGCUUCGGUAAACAACAAUAACAAUGUCUGGCUCUGUUUGGAAGAAACCUGACGAAGUUAUGAGGCAAAUGAGAGAAAAGAAAAAAGCCCUUCAAGCCCGAUUUAGUCAUGCGACUACUACAACCAUAACAAAUAGUUACGACAAUGACGAAACAUUGGUCACGCGUUCAGCAACAGUUUCAGCGAAGAGAAAAAAUCCUUUCAGACGUUCCCCAGCCAAGAGACCUAAGCUUCUCGCUGUUACUCAAGAUGAUCAAAGAACAAUAAACUGUGACUUGGUGAGCAUGUUAAAUGCUCCUAAUACAGUUAAAGUGCACAACAAUAAAGAGCAAAUUAUAGAGCUCCCACAAGCUCUUUCCAUAUUUGCAGCAACAACCCCUGUAUGCCAAAAAUUAGAUCAAUAUGCUGUGGAUUGGUCUUUAAAAACAAGAGUUCGAUUCACCUCUAAAACACCAUUUGCUUUCAGUUCCACUCUUAAAACGUCAGAGGAGGCUUCCGGAAUAACAGGUUUCGUGAGGUGCGUUAAUUCACUCAAUUCUGAUGAGUGGAGCACUUUAGACACGUCAACCAACGCUCAAUUUCACCAGUGUUGCCUUCUGUGGCAAUAUCCCUGGUUGCCUUGGCUGUCUUUAUUCCCGCGCGAUACACGAACCCCCAUCACUUCUACCGGCUCCGCUCAAAUUGGCAUGGACUCGAACGUGUCAAACUGUCUUGUCAAUGACUGGUGUGAGAGUUUUCGCUCACUAUUUGGAUUACUUCGUGCAAGACAGUGCCCUUUCUUCUACGUCUGCACUCAUCAGUUUACCGUACUAUUCAGAGCUGCGGGAAUUGGAGGAGUUGCUGAAAUUCAUGCUCUUUUAACUCCUACUACUCGUGGAUUGCGAGACGUGUUGCGAAAAGAAGACAUAUCAUACUCCAUGCCGCUGAAGAAAAGUGGCCAAAAUCAACAGAACUGCACAACGAAUAAUGAUGAAGAUGACGAAAUCAAAGACGCUGACAAAAUAGAUGAUCUUGGCGAUGAAGAUUGCGAUGAAGAUGAUACCGACUGGAUCAAUGAUAUCGGUCUGCACUCUAAUCUUAGAUCGAAAUUGGAAGCUGAAAGAUUACAGGAUGGUGGGCAAGGUACAAGCCAAGGUACUUACUCCGAUUCGCUCCUCCUGAUCGAAGGUGUCGAAACACAAGGAUUGUUCAAUUGGCUAUUGAACAGCAAAUUAUGUCUUUCAAACACUGGUCCUCUCACUGGGAUUCCUCCAACGCUUUUCAGCCCUGUGGCUUUUCACCAGGCCACACUUCGGCCACUCAAGGCACGGCAAGGUUUUCUCAAACAAGAUGGAGAGAAUCUGUGUUCCGUUGAAAUUCAGGGACCUAUCCUACCCCACUCAAUGGUCUCUCUCAUGAAAUUAUUGCAAAGUGGUGAUUUUACAGCUGUUUGUUCAGCCCUUUCGAGCACCAAACCCUUCGCAUCAUUUCAGAGUCCAACAGCUGCCACUUCAGCAUUUGGUAAGGAAAGUCUGAGUGAUUGUGGACUUGAUCGGUCAAGCCUUGAUCUUUUCUGCUCAUCGCAACUCCCGCAAUUUGCUAACGAGAUCCAUUUCCAGAACGGAUGUUUUCAUUUUAACUGAUCUCUUUCAAUUUUAUUAUAUGAAGUGCCCUUUAUAGUUUGCUCGUAGGCUAGUGGAUUUGAAAACAAUCUCUCGGAAAAUCCAAA